CAGAGGAAGUCGUCCACCCCCCGCGGCUGAUAUGCGCCCCCGGGUGGCCCGGAGGACGCGCCCCAGCACCGGAGGAAACGGCUCAGGAUAAGUUACGCGGGAUCAUCGCCGCGCGAACGCGCGCCCACGAGAAUGCCGGAUACGUUUCAAAGCUUUCUCGCAGUGGCAAUAAUAAUCAUGGUGUCUUCGCUUGGCGCUACGCUAAGUUAUUCCACAAUGACGACGCCGGCGGCGCAGGCGGCAUCGGCAAUUACAAUGGCAAAUUCGACGCCGACGACAAUGGCAAUGACGGGCACAACAGCGGCAUCGACCAGCGCUCCGAGCAUCCCUGCCAUUAACGAGAAUGCAACGUCUACCAAAGAAACGCCGAAAAUAAUGAGCGACAUUGUGUGGGAGUGCCCGAGCAUAACGGGCGUCGGUAUCGAAUGCUCCUGCGACUUCCCCCACACGCUCAGAUGCAUCGGGGACAGAACGUCCUUACAGACGAUAAGCCGCCACCUGCGUCACAGUCGGCCGGGCAUGAUAUCCCUGCUGGACGUGACCGUCUCCGGGAUUUCAACGCUUCCGGCGAACUUCCUCGAGGACGUCGCGCUCCACGGGCUCGUCGUCUCCACGGGUGAGUUGCGCCGCGUCAACGAGAACGCAUUCACUGCCCUGGCCCGGCCUCUCCAAGCCCUCGGACUACCCAACAACCUCCUCGACGGCGUCCCGACCGUCGCCCUCGCCAGACUUAUAGGCCUCGAGAGGCUCGACCUCACUCACAACAAGCUCAAAACGCUCGAGGCCACUUCCUUUCAGGGAUUGAGCAACGUGACGUAUUUGGACCUUUCGGACAACCUCCUCUCCCAACUGUCACCACAAGCUUUUGCCUCCCUCCCGAGUCUGCGAUCUCUGAAGAUGCACGGCAAUCGUCUCAGCGUGUCAGCUCUCUCGGCCCUCCGCGGCCUAAGAAAUUUGGAGGAGCUCGACCUUUCUGCGAAUUUGCUGAGCGGACCGCUGGGCCCGAGUCUCCUGCCGGCGAUGCCGAGGCUCCGCUACCUGACCGUCGCCGAAAACGAGCUAAAAAACGUUCAACAAGGCGCCUUAAUGGGAUUGAAAAACUUGACGUCGCUCAGCUUAACUCACAACCAGAUCGAUGUUCUGGAGGAUGACGCGUUCAAGUACUUGUCGACCCUGACGCAUCUGGACCUCGCCUACAACGGUAUCGUCGCGGUCUCGAGCUCCUCCUUGGCCCACCUCGAGAAGUUAAAGAUCCUCGACCUGACGCACAACUUUCUACGCUCAUUAAAUGGCGACCUCGUGGUACCGCUGCGCAGCCUUGAGAAUCUACGCCUGGAUGACAACGACAUCACCAUGGUUACUACCGAUCUACCCACCUCCAAGUUGAAGCUCAAGAGUCUCUCGCUGGCCGAUAAUCCCUUCAAUUGCGAUUGCACCCUCCUCGACUUUGCCAACUGGCUGGCGAACUCCAGCCUCGAGGAGGAGGACAAGCUCUCCGCGGUCUGCGCCACACCGCCUGCUCUUGAAAACGGCAUCCUCACCCAAGUCUCGCCCGGGAAUUUACUUUGCGGCGAUCCGACUCCACCCAUCAUGACGAGGCUGCCACUCGCGGCUGCGCAACUUACUCUCAACGAAUUCCAUUUUGACGAAACAACGGGGGCGGACAUGCUCUGGCACGUGGAGCCAUGUACCGAGCGUUACACUUGUGACACGCUCAUCGUCUACGAGGCGAUCGACGAGAAGGAGGUGCAAAUCGCCUCGAGUCCGAUACAUUGUGACUCGCGAUUGAUGCGCGAUCCUUGCUCCCUGCCGAUUAGCUUACCCACGACUCUGAUGCUCCAGGCCGGGCACAGGUACCGCUACUGCGUCGUGCUCAUGGUACCAAGCGGCUACGACGAGCUCUCCCUCGGGCUUGGCUGUAGCGACAUAAUCGAGCUCGAAGAGACGCUCCACCUCGUGCCCGAGGACCAUCAGCCGAGAACCGAGCCCCAGCCCGAGAUAUCCACCGUCCACGUCAACGUCUCCAGCGAUGGAUAUCUUCAGGUCGAGGUAAGAAUGUCCGGACUGUCACUCUCGGACUGCAAGCUCGACUUGGACGUCCUGGCAGCCGAAUCCGGCGAGGUGCAGCGCAAAAUAUUGAACUGCAGCUCCGGGGCGACGACGCUAUCGGGUCUGGUGCCAGGUAGAUAUCGAGUCUGUGCGAGCGUCAACGAAGCCGUGGAGGAGGAGGAGGAGGAGGAGGAGAAGGAGGAGGAGGAGCAAAGCGAAAAGCUGCGGGAGAGCAAAGCGAGGUGCGUCGAGGUGCAGAGCUUCCGACAGAGCAACGAGGUAUUGUUACUGCUGCUUGCAGCGGUGCUCUGCGUCCUCGUCAUCGUCGGUUUCAUGGUGGGUAGGAACCUGCUCAGGAAGACGAAGAAGGAGCCCAUGCCACCUCAGUGCUUCAUGCCCGCGCAGGAGGUUGAGAUCACUCAUAAGGCGCAUUAUAUAAAGCUCCUUGCGACCACCAAAGUCUGAGGAAAUUAUUAAUUUGUACUUCGUCUUUAUUCUAAUAAGAUUAUUGCGAGGCUACGCAAUAGCGUCAUAAGCGAGCUUAAAAAAAUUUAUCUCCUUUCAACUCCCCUCUUUCUUACGACUGGCUUUCUAAUAGAAAUACUCCUUCCUUCAAUUUCCCGAAUGAGCUCGUAUUUUCAAUUAACAAUCUUAUGCCGAUUGUGCGUGAAAAUUUAUCAUUGGAAGAACUGAAGUGGGAUAUAUUUCAUUAAAGAGUAAUUAAAUGUGGCUUUAUGCAGCUACAUUGCACGAGUAUGUAAACUAGUUCAGUUAUGAUAUUACAAAGAAAUUACAUGAAAUUUCCAUUGUACGCGUACAUUCGACGAGAAUGAUUAUCUUGUUAAAAUUUAUAAAACAA